AAGUUGCUCGUUAUGUCCUUAGAUCUUUUUAAUCAGAAAUUCUAGUAUGUUAGAUGUUCGUUCCUAAAUCGAUUAGAUGCAAGAUAGAUAGACAGAGUUUGAAAUCGUUUGACAAUUACCGUCUACAGAGAGCCAAAGCAGCACCAGCGGCGACGACAAUGACCAGUGCGACGCCGAGACCGGUGACCCAACCCAUCCUUCUUAAUGCCAAAUCCAGGCCCAACCACAAAUCCAAUCAGACCGCCGGAGCCUGAAACACACGGAGUAAAUCCAUGGAGAGCAUGAUCCGAUUACUGUUACAGAACCGAGAUUAUUCGAGGAUUAAGAGACCUUCUAGAGAUCCACCUUUAUCGAUGUUUACAUCUGACGUGACUCGUUGGUCAAUACUUUAACGAUGGAUCAUAGCGUCGACAGAAGAAAAGGAUUUUUAUAUCGUACGAGUAGUUUGCAUAGAUCAUUUCAUAUUUCUGGAUUUUGGAGAGAAAAUAAAGGGGAAGAGAAGCAUAGUCUAUAAAAUGGAAGAACAAAAAUGAAAGGCACAAGAGCACAAGACUGAAGAUGAGAUAGAAACGCUGUAAACGCUGAUGGAACGAACAGACCAUCACUCUCCUGCAAAUCUGAUUACCUUCUCCGACCUAGCUGUUCGAUGUUACCUUCUCCUUUUCGGCAAUGGCUUCACGAAUAGGUCUCGACGAACGUGUUGCCUAUCCUCAGGAGCUAAAAAAAAAUCUUUCCGACAAGGAACUAUGGAGUGAUGCCUAUUUCCAGGGGUGUUAAUAAUUCGCUUUACAUUAGCAGAAAUGAGAAAAAAUAGGAGAAGAGGAGCGAAAGAGAAGGAAAAGGAUAAAAAGACAAUAAAAGGAUUUAAGUGUUUUGAGAAAGGACAAGAAAUGGUUUCAAUGGUUUCCUCAGCUGUCCUUGGAGCAGCUGCAGGCACAGGAUUGGCUUUGGUAGUGGCAGUGACUAUAGUCGUCUAUAGAUAUUACGCUUUUAAACGCAAAGGAAAAUAUUGGAGUAAUCUCGAUCGAUGGCCAGAUCCACCAACCGCUAAUAAAAACAACGAAAAAACAUCUGAUAUUCAUCAACAUUCCUGUCAUGACAAUUCUGCUGCGACAUCCUACGUUUUGGAUUGUUGGAAAAAACCACAACAAAGUUAUUAUGCCGUACAGAAAACUGAAUUCAACAUCGCCAAGGAACAACACACUAUACAACCCUCACCGAUAAUGGUUGAAUCAGGUGGUUUACCCCAUCAAAGUCGUAGUUAUCCGUGUGGUGGUGGGGGAAGUGCAAGUGGACGAGCCCUUGGAAGAAAUUCAUCCGUCAGCUCGCAAAGUUCUCAAGAAGGUGCCUCAGGUCCUUCUGCUCAUCGUGGUUCUUCGCCUCAAAUCAGAGCAUUUGGACCCGAUGGACGUCAUCAUCAACAACAUCACCACCAUCAUCAUCACCAUCAUCAUGAUCCUUUACAUGCUGCUUCAUCUUAUCCACCGAGCAGAAGUUCGAGAUCACCAUCACCAGCAAGAACAGCAUCACUGGAUGCAAGAUGUGGAAGUCCAGCGAGUUAUUCCGGAAGUCUACACAGCGGAAAUGCUUCACCCUCUCAAAGUUCUCUAUCGUCAUUAGCAACAGGCGUUAGUUCAUCUUGCGGAUGUCCUUCGAUUAGUGGUAUCCAGGGAACGCCAAGAGCUAGUCGUUGUCUUUCACCACUUCUCAUUCCUCCCCCACGUGCUUCUAUUAGCGAUGGUGGUCCAGCACCUCCAGCAUCACCUUUAGGUUCGCUUCAACCAGAUCUUUAUCAAAGAAGAGAUGGUCCAGUAUUUUUAAGCGCUCGAAGAACCGGUAAAAGCCUCGGCCGAUUGCAUCUACGUUUGAAGUAUGAUUUCGAUCGAUCCGAUCUCCACGUUCAUCUAAUCGAAGCACAUGAUCUAGCUGGCAGCGAUCAAGGUGGUUUCAAUGAUCCUUAUGUGAAACUAACACUCAGUCCUGAAGUCGAUGCACGCAAGAGGCAAACGCCGAUUCAUAGAAACGAUCCUAAUCCUUUUUUCGAUCAACACUUCAAGUUUCCAGUCAGCUAUGAAGAAUUACAGGAUAAGACAUUGGUUCUACAGGUAUUCGAUUACGAUCGUUUCUCAAGAAACGACAUUGUAGGAUCGGUUAGGGUCGCGAUGGACAGUUUAGAAUUACCUUCCACUUCAUCUUCCAUCGAAGUUUGGGGCGAAAUUGAACGUGAGAAAAAACCACCUGAAGAAAUUCAAGAAGUCCUUCUUUCGCUUUCUUAUUUACCCAGUGCUGAAAGACUCACUGUGGUCAUACUCAAAGCAAGAAAUUUAUUCCCAUCGCAGGAAAAAGAGACAUUGGAUCCUUUCGUAAAGGUCAGUCUACUCUGUGGCGAUAAAAGAGUAAAGAAGAAAAAGAAAACUGCUGUGAGAAAGGCAACGACGAGUCCUGUCUGGAACGAAGCUAUGUCCUUCAACGUUCCUGCAAGUUCUCUCGCAACAUCCGCGAUCGAGGUAUGCGUCUUAGAUUCCAGCAGCGAACUCAUCGGUGGAAAUGCUAUAGUUGGCUCUUGUAUAGUUGGGCCAGCUACAGUAUCAACAGGAUCAGGUUCAGAAAGUAGUAGCAAUCAGAGUCGAGAACAUUGGCAUCAUAUGACUCAGUCGCCAAGAAAGGCUAUUGCCAUGUGGCAUACUCUUCAUUAAUUUUAUUUAUUAGACUUAAAUGUCAUCAUUCGAUAUUUAUCGAAGAAUUUCUAACGAGGCAAAUAUCUUAUAGAAAAAUCGAAAGAGAUAGGAUUCAAUAUCCUUAAAAGAAGAAAGAAUGAAAAAAAAAAAUGAGAAGAAAUCUAAUCAACUAAUUUCGUAUUAACUUCAGAAAUCAUUUAAACGAUUAGUUGAUCAAGAUCUGAUAUUGGUAAAUGAAAUGAAUGUGUUUUAUCAUACUAGCAAGGUUCGAUACCAAUCUAUGAGAUAUCAUAAUCAAUAAUUGGAUCAGCAAAGGAAAAUAUAUAUCUCCUCUUCUUCAUACUCGUACUCUAAUCUAGAUAAUCCCUUGCUCACUUUUGUGAUAGCCUUAGGGAAUAUCGUUGAAUAACGAUAUAAAACAUAAAAACUAAGUAGUGUUAUUAUACAUGUAAAAUUGGAAAAAGAAGAAGAAAGAAAAAAAAAAGUAAGAAAAGCAAAGGAUUCGAAAUUAAUGUUACUGAAAAUCCUUAUCUUUCUGCAUUACGUCAUUAUCAUGUUUAUGUUACGUUCUAUUUUACUAUAUAUUAUAUAAUAUUAUAUAUUUUAUUGAAUAUGUGAUAUAUCAUAACAUUGUGA